AUACUCUUUGCGUGCCAAUGAAAUAAGGAAAAAGAAAGAAUAAUUUAGCUAACUGUUUCUUCAAUCGUUCAAGAUAACGGCAUUCCGCACACUAAUGGCGAUACGACAUUUAGCUCACAUGAAAAUAUGCAAUUCACUUACAUUUUCAGAUGACUUAGAAGAACAAUGUGAAGAUGCACUGUUCGAAGUUUGUGAUGCUCGAGAACGCUAUCCAUUAUUAUGUGCUGAAGAAUUAGAAAAAUGUAUUAGAUUAACUACUGAAAUACAGACUAUAAAAGUUGUGCCAAAUAUAAAAGUAUAUCAUGAUAUAGAGCCCCAAACAGAAGAGCAAAAUGCACUUUUAAAUGUUGCAUCGAAAAAACAAAAUAUACCGUACAAACAUCAAGGUACGCAGUUAAAAAAAAUGUUAAGUAAAAUUGAUAAUCUAAAAAUGGUCAUAGAACAAAUUGAAAAGGAGAAGUUCUGUGAAAUAAAUAAACUGUUUCAUACGUAAUUUGAUCAUCAUUCAUUUUUUGUAAUAACGAUUAAACAAAAAAUAUUACAAUAUGGACUGUACAUUUGUAUUGAAUAUAAUUUAUUAUUAACAUUAUAUAAGAGAAAGCAGUCUUUAACACAUUUAAUAUACAUAUUAUUUAAAUAAUUA